UGAUUGAAAUUAAAAUACAUCCACGAGUACCUUUAUUGUAAAAAACAAAAUUAUAUAAAACACAUGCAAACAAAACCCAGCCCAGCCCAUCUCAGCGACUUUCCUGGGCCAAAAGCCCAUUCCCGAACUCCACGACAAACACACUUUUUAUACCCAAAUAUAUCCAGGACGUAACUGAAGAAACAUAGAUUAGCUUCCCACCAAAAAGCCGAACCUACCAUUCAAUCCAGCACUCCACUGCUACCACGUGUCCUUCUGCUAUUGCCCAUCCGCUGCCCUUUCUCCUUAAGCAAACUCAAAAGGCAAAACCCACGCUACCGUCUGUUAGCUUUAAAGCACCGCCCAUCUCCCUCUCUACGUAUAUUAGUACAAUCGUAUUUAGUAUUUAUACCAUAUGAUUUGGAACCAAAACCAUCCAUGGUCCUUAAAGUUUCAAUAUAUACCCAUGGAUCAUAAUAAUUCAAUAAUAAAAGAGGUAAAAUCAAGAACUGGCCCAAUCCAUCGCCGAUCUUACUCCUUUAAAGUCUCAAUAAAUUAACUACAAUUAUCCGCCGUAGGGCCCAUAAAAUUAAAAGUAGAGGGUCGAAUUUGAUCUAAUCUAAACUAGAGACACGGAUAUUGAUACACGAGGGAUGAUAUAAUGAAUCCACGUAAUCUGUAUCCCAAUCCGUAUCGGAUUCGUAUAUUAUACGUCUAACAAUAACCAACAAACAAGUAUAUUUUUCUAUAAAAACCUCUCCUUUGCCAAGGCAUCGCCAUUACCUGAUUUUCAAUCCAACAAUGUCUCUCAACCUCUCUCUCUUUCUCAUCCUCUCUCUCUUCUUUAUCUCCGCUAUUUCUGCGGAGACAUUCAACGGUGAUGAUUCCCUGAUCAGACAAGUAGUUGAAGGUCAGGAUGAAUCAUCAUCAAACCUGUUGACCGCAGAGCAGCAUCACUUCUCGCUAUUCAAGAGAAAAUUCAAGAAAUCAUACCUUUCACAAGAAGAGCAUGAUUACCGGUUUUCCGUAUUCAAGUCUAAUCUGAGACGCGCGGCGCGUCAUCAGAAAUUGGACCCAACAGCGAGUCACGGUGUGACUCAGUUCUCCGAUUUGACUUCGGCUGAGUUUAGAAAGCAGGUUUUAGGCUUAAGGAAGUUGAGGUUGCCUAAGGAUGCGAAUACAGCUCCGAUUUUGCCUACUAAUGAUUUGCCUGAGGAUUUUGAUUGGAGAGAGAAAGGAGCUGUUGGCCCUGUUAAAAAUCAGGGUUCAUGUGGGUCAUGCUGGAGUUUUAGCACUACAGGAGCUUUGGAAGGCGCACAUUUCCUUGCUACUGGAGAGCUUGUUAGCCUUAGCGAGCAGCAGCUUGUGGAUUGCGAUCAUGAGUGUGAUCCAGAGGAACCAGGUUCAUGUGACUCUGGGUGCAAUGGUGGGCUGAUGAAUAGUGCCUUUGAGUAUACUCUCAAAGCUGGUGGUCUUAUGCGUGAGGAAGACUAUCCUUACACCGGUAUGGAUCGUGGUGCUUGCAAAUUUGACAAGAACAAGGUUGCUGCUGGAGUGGCCAACUUUAGCGUGGUGUCCCUAGAUGAAGAUCAAAUUGCUGCAAAUCUUGUGAAAAACGGUCCCCUUGCAGUGGCCAUCAAUGCUGUGUUCAUGCAAACAUACAUUGGAGGAGUUUCAUGCCCUUAUAUUUGCUCAAGGAGGUUGGAUCAUGGAGUGUUGCUGGUGGGAUAUGGUUCAGCUGCCUAUGCUCCCGUCAGGAUGAAGGAGAAGCCAUACUGGAUUAUCAAGAACUCAUGGGGAGAAAGCUGGGGCGAGAAUGGAUUCUACAAAAUCUGCAGGGGUCGCAAUAUUUGCGGAGUCGACUCCAUGGUCUCAACUGUUGCUGCCGUGCAGACCAACUCCCUCUAGGGAUAUCCUUACGAUGCUGCUACCUUGUUGCUUUGUAAAUAAGGAUUUAACACUACAAGUUAUAUAUGCCCCACUUGAACUAUCUGCCUGUCAUAUUCUCAACAUCCAAAGCAUGGGAAUGGAGUUUCUUUGGAAUUUCCCGUGUCUUCGGUUUGCAAGAACAGCUACCCUAUAUUAUUUGUCUUCUGGCGCAA